CGGAAGCAAAUGGAAUGGAACGGGGCGCGACCUACAUUGAAUUUGUCCAAUAUAAAAUCUCGGGUUUGUUGCAAAAAGAAACUGUUUGCAACCGUUUGGACUAAUUAUUACCCUGGACUGGAAAAUACUGGGGACGCGCCUCAACAAGCAAGUGUUCACAAUCCGUCAAAAUCUCAGAUGCAAAACUGGGCAAGCUACGAUUUAUAACACGGUACAACAUGAGGUUGCAUUGACCCUGAUAGUACUACCCCAGUAGCCUAGCACGAGGUGAAGGCUGGGUCACAGUGGUAACCCAGCUAGAAGGCUUGGCUCCAGGCUAGCCAGCCUGCCAGCAGAGGGAGGGGGCCUUGCCACGGAACGGCCUGGUGAGCUGCGGAGACUAGCAGCGGCGGGGGGGUUGUGAUGAGCGGGAAGAGCCUGCUGUUAAAGGUGAUCCUGCUGGGGGACGGUGGCGUGGGGAAAUCUUCCUUAAUGAACCGCUACGUCACGGACCGCUUCGACGCCCAGUCCUUCCACACCAUCGGGGUGGAGUUCCUCAACAGAGACCUGGAGGUGGACGGGCGCCUGGUGACCCUUCAGAUCUGGGACACGGCGGGUCAGGAGCGCUUCAAGUCCCUGAGGACGCCGUUCUACCGUGGCGCCGACUGCUGCCUCCUCACCUUCGCUGUAGACGACCUGCACAGCUUCCAGAACCUGGCCAGCUGGAAGAAAGAGUUCAUGUUUUACUCUGACGUACGAGACCCAGAGAGGUUCCCCUUCGUUGUCCUGGGCAACAAGGUGGACAAGGAGGAGGGGAAGGAGGUGGGGGAGGACGAGGCUCGGGCCUGGUGCGAGGAGAACGGCUGUUGUCCCUACUUCGAGACCAGUGCUAAGGACGAUACUAACGUGGGAGUGGCAUUCGAGGCAGCGGUACGGGAGGUUCUGGCGGCGGAGGAUCAGAUCGACCACACGCUGUUGAGUAGCACUAUCGAUCUCCACGGCAACCGUAAAGUACCGCGCUCUUCUUGCUGCUGAUUGGUUGAAAGGACUGGUUUCUCUCUCCGUCCAGCCUGUAGCAUCCUGAGGGCUAGAGAGCUGUUCUGCUCUCCACGGUUACUUACCUGAUGCAGGUACAAGCUGCUGAGACUGAUGAUCGGCUAUCAAUGCAGCUGAUUUUAAAGAGUGUUGUCGGUAUCGACACAUCUGAUUUUGAAAGGUUAUCAAUGAGGUACAAUGUAACAGGUACACCAUGUUGUUCAUCUCGGUCUGCUUUCAGCAGUAUAGCACAAAACUGCUCUUUACAUCCAGCCAGCCUCAUGUACCUGCCCUGUAUAAUGUUUUCAGCAUAUUUUGUUAUUUUUUAUUUAACCAGGCAAGUCAGUUACGAACAAAUUCUUAUUUCAAUGACGGCCUAGGAACUGCCUGUUCAGGGGCAGAACGACAGAUUUGUACCUUGUCAGCUUGGGGAUUUGAACUUGCAACCUUUCGGUCACGAGUCCAAAUCUCUAACCACUAGGCUACCCUAGCCCUCUUACAGAACAGUCAUUUUAAUCUGAUAAUAUUCAUGUGUCCUUUCUGUUCUCCUCUCCAAGAGCACAGGCUGCUUGUGGCACAGCAACAUUCUCAUUAAUUUCUUUAUCGGUCUGUCUGCUAAGUCUUCUAAGGUCUCAUAGGUACUUUGACCAGAACACGAUUCUAUCACACUGUCAGGUCUCAUGACAGUGGUUGACUGACUGACCAGAGGAAUAUCAUUUAAUAUAAUACAUAUAGACAUGGUGUGUUGACUGACUGACCAGUGGAAUAUCAUUUAAUAUAAUACAUAUAGACAUGGUGUGUUGACUGACCAGAGGAAUAUCAUUUAAUAUAGUACAUAUAGACAUGGUGUGUUGACUGACCAGAGGAAUAUCAUUUAAUAUAAUACAUAUAGACAUGGUGUGUUGACUGACCAGAGGAAUAUCAUUUAAUAUAAUACAUAUAGACAUGGUGUGUUGACUGACCAGAGGAAUAUCAUUUAAUAUAAUACAUAUAGACAUGGUGUGUUGACUGACCAGAGGAAUAUCAUUUAAUAUAAUACAUAUAGACAUGGUGUGUUGACUGACCAGAGGAAUAUCAUUUAAUAUAAUACAUAUAGACAUGGUGUGUUGACUGACCAGAGGAAUAUAAUUUAAUAUAAUACAUAUAGACAUGGUGUGUUGACUGACCAGAGGAAUAUCAUUUAAUACACUGACAUAGACCUCUACAUGAGGCUGGACUUGAUCCAGUUACAUCUUGUUUAAGAACUGACAACAUUGAUUGCACACAUUACUGUACCAGGACAAAUGUUUACUGUACAAAAAGGGAUUUGAUUUGUUUGAUUUUCUCCAAAGGGAAAGAUGUUUCUGUUCUGUCAUAUCUGUUGAACACUGGGUACAUAUCUAUUUGAGGUAGAUUGUAUCUAUACCAGAUGCGACAGUAUUUCCUCGUCCUUUAGGCUUUCUAGGCCUGUGAAUCAGAAGUGUUAUGUCUACGUGUGAGAGUUGCAGGAGACGCCCGUUUUAAUUUCAUCCCUUACCUACUACGGUACGUACAGUUGAAGUUAGGUUGGAGUUAUUAAACCUCGUUUUUCAACCACUCCACAAAUUUCUUGUUAACAAAGUUUUACCUACUAUGGUACAUACCGUUUUUUAGUCGGUCUCUCUUGACACCAAUGAUAUAAUGUUCUUAAUCAAUAAAGUGUAUUCCUUAUUAAUGUAA